AUGCCGCAAGAAGCAAGCACCAAGGCGUCCAAGAAAACAACCGAGAGACAGAGCUACACCCCAGCUGAAUCCGCUUACAGCAUGGUUGAGGGUCAAAGAGAUCGUCCAGCACGACAUUCUUGUGCUUCAGCCACCGCGGAAAACAAAGGGACGAAAGAGGAAAACAACUACUACACAAGGCAGAAUUCUGACACGAGAUCAGCUUGGGAACGACCCGGCGCCUUCUCAACCCAAGAAACGAAAGCAACGCAAGCAGCGGGCGAAGAAAACACAGACCCAGAACAAGACGGUAUCGAUCCGGGGCCAGUGCUGUAUGAGAUGGUGCUGUAG